CGGGACGCCACGUCAGCACCGCGGCCCGUGCCGAAUCUGCCGAUUCACGAUCGCAAGAAUGUCUCCUUUCAUUUUGACUAAAAGUCAAAGCCCAACAGAGUCCCGGCGACGCCGUGCCGUUUUCGGAGCUGCUUCGUACUAGGAAAGCCCCCACGUGAGGAGACGGCGCUUCGCUGUCCAUUCCGCCUCCCGCUCCUGCUCCCGCCGCCGCCGCGCCGAAAUGCCCGCACUCUCCCUCCGCUCCCCCGCGGCGGGCCCCGUGGAUUCGAGGGCAGUGUCGGUAUUUCCGCGGCGAGUGGCCGCAGAGGAUUAGGAUGGAAGAAAAAAGAGCGGCAUUGGCUGAGAAACGGCAAAGAUCGCGCAUUCGAAAUAUUUGCGGCGGACCGCAACAGAAAUGGGGUAUUCAUCGACGAGAGCGAUGACGUCGCCGCCGCCGCCGCCGCCGCCGUCGAAGCCGGUUUGACAUCUCUCCGGUCCGGACUCUCCGUUGCCUCCUCCUCCUCCCUCUCCUCUUCGCCUUGGGGUUUGGGACUGGCGAGCUUCAGGGUAAAACCAACAAGCCAUGCCGACAUUCACAGCAAUAGCUUUGAACAGGCCGUUGGAACCUGGGGCUUUUAAAUUGGUCGAUAAAGCAGUCGACACUUCAAGCUCUUCUCCUAAUGCUAAGCCACCAAAGCCCAACCCAGUGUUGGAGUCGAAGCUAGAGAGGCGUAACAGUGUACCGGCCAUUGGAAGGAAAAUUCAGCUGCCUCGGCUAAGGCCGUCGCUGUAUGCCACUCCUGAGGUGACCCCUCUUCCCGACUCACCUUCCUCGCUUCCUUCUUCGUCCCCUUACAUCAUCAAUCACAAGCGGCGUGGGCCAAGACUCCUGAAGAGUUUCUCACUGGACAGUGCUUCCUCUCACCACAAGGUCCUAGAUGAAGAGAAGUCCAAUGGCAACAUCAAAGAUGCAGAAACUUGUUGUCUUGCUAGUGAAGAGGAUGUGGCUGUCACAUCAAAAUUUUAUCAACAUAUUGCGGAUAGGCAUGUGAUUGGGGCUGAUGAAAGUGAAGUCGCAACCUGCAAGGACUUAAAGAACAGGGUUUUGAAUGCUGGAACUGGUAGUUUGAGCUGCCAAAUUGUGGAGGAAAAUGUUUCUGCUAAGCCUGUUGCACUGGCUACUGAAAUUGAGGGGAAUAGUGAAAAUUUCUGUCAUCCUUGGGAUUCCUCUAGUCAUACAGGUAACACUGAUGGAGAGGAAAAUCGCAUGACAGAAUAUCUUUUGAAGUUUGAAACUCCUGUGGUGGAGUUUUUUGAUGCUUGGGAAGAGUUGUCAUCUGAGGGUGGAGCGCUGUUUUCUCGUCGUGAUCUUGAGGAGGAAUUACGUGAGAUUAGGUUGAGUUUAUUUAUGGAAAUAGAGAAGCGCAAGCAAGCAGAGGAAGGUUUGGCCAAUUUGCAAAGCCAGUGGCAAAGGAUCAAGCAUGAGCUAUCCUCCAUGGGACUGACACUGCAUGCAGGUCCAGACAUGGCAUGUGAACAGUUGGAGGUCGAUUCCCUCGAAGAGUUGUUGCAACGAGUUUUUCUUGCACGUUUUGUAUCAAAUGCCGUUGGGAGGGGCAUUGCAAGGGCAGAAGUGGAGUUGGAGGUGGAAGCUCAGGUCAAGGAAAAGAAUUUUGAGAUUGCCCGAUUGUUGGAGCGGCUUAACUAUUACGAGAUUGUGAAUCACGAGAUGUCCCAGAGGAACCAGGAAGCUUUUGAGAUGGCUCGGCGACUCAAGCAAAGAAGGAAAAGACGGCACAGAUGGAUUUGGCGUUCUAUAGCAGGUGCUAUAUCACUUGGUACUGCAGUGUUGGUGUGGUCGUACCUCCCAGCAGGACAAGGGUCCUCCACCACUAGCCAUUCUCUGGCUAUUGCGCAAAGCAAUGAAGCCAAAUAGUGAAUCCCUUCUUUUGAACUUGACAAAGUUGCAAAAGGGAAGGGUGCUCAACUCUGUGAAUAUGAUUUUUUGAACUUUGUCGAUGCAUCGUCCAACAAAUAAUACGAGAAACUUAUGCUGUUGCCAUGCACCAUCUGGAGGCUGAUGAAGGGUGUGAUUAUUUUUCAAGAGAUCACACCCAGUUCAUGUGCUUUCUGGGAUGCACGAGACAGGUGGCCAUUGUGUUCCAGAUGUGGCUUUGGAAGGAAGGUUUCAGCACAGGACAAUAGUACGGAUUCGUGCUAGUUAUUGCUGCGAUUCUAGAAAAAUUUGUGGAAGGAUUAUGAGCUAGAGUGGCUGGUCAAGGUGUUCCGGCUAUUGUUUCAAGAUGCUUUUACGUUGUAUGUGUUGUCAAAAUCUUCUUAAGUUCUCACCUGACGUUUGGCUCGUGGAACAGAAUAAGGCAGAAAUUGAAUGCUAUUCCACAAAAAUCAAACAGAGCAGAAAUAUCAACAGGAUACACAUUCCUU